GUGGCGCUCGUCUCACUGUGCUCCUCGUCUCAUUUCACUUUGCGUUACCGGAUUCAACAGUAAGCUGGCGACGUAAUAAGUCAUUAUUCGACCGGACUUCUCAAAUACGGUAGAUGCUACUGUAAAGACUCGGCACGAUCCAGGACACUCUCAACCUAAAGGAUGCAGCAGCAGCAAUCAGCAAUGGAGGAGGGAACGGCGUACGAGCCCCCCACCUACGACGAGACCUUCCCCGAGCUCCCGGGUUCCGGGAGUAACUCAAUAACCCCCACCCCCCUGCCAAAAAUGAACGACCGCAUGCGAGUGGGUUCGUCCCACGUGACGCAAGUCUUUCACGUGCCCAUGGAGGAGCGUAAAUUCGAUCACAGCAAUAAAUUCGGCGAGGGUGAGUCGAUGCGGACAUGUCAAGCGAUAAUGAAGGAGACCCACACGCACAUUGAGAUGUCAUCCUCGAAGAAUCAAGUCCUGACAUUCGUUCUGACGGGCAAGCAGAACGAGGUGAUGGACGCGAGAAGAAGAAUCCUGGCGACCUUCCAGACGCAGACGAACAAGCAGAUAACCAUUCCGAAGGAGCACCACCGCUGGAUCCUGGGGAAACAGCGACAGCGUCUGAACGAUCUCGAGAAGACGACAGCCACCAAGAUAAACGUACCCUCGGUGGACGUUCAAAGCGACAUAAUAAUGAUCACAGGAACAAAGGAGGGAAUCGAGAAGGCAGAGCACGAGAUGCGCGUCAUCUCGGACGAGCAGUCGCGCAAGGCCUUCGAGCGUGUGAUAGUUCCGAAGAUCUACCAUCCAUUCAUCCGCGGUGCACACGAUGAGAAUCUCACCUCGAUGAUCUCCGAAACAGGCGCCCGGAUAAACAUUCCACCCCCAUCCGUUCAGAACGACGAAAUCACAAUAGCCGGCGAGAAGGAUGGCGUUAACAAUGCUAAAAGAAUGAUCGAGGAGAUCUACAAAGACAUGGAGAAACGCUGCAGCUCGGUGUCGGUUGAAGUCCCCAAGUCCCAGCACAAGUUCGUGAUAGGGCCCAGGAACAGUACAAUAGCCGAGAUUCUGCAAUUGACUGGGGUUUCCGUGGAGAUGCCACCGGCGGACUCGCCAACGGGAACAAUAACCCUCAGGGGCCCCCAGGAGAAGCUCGGCCAGGCCCUUGACAAGGUCUACGAGAAAGCUAACUCGGUGCGCACUGUGACCAUCGAGGCCCCAUCCUGGAUUCACAAGUACAUAAUCGGUCGCAAAGGGGCCAACAUCAACAAAAUCACGCAGGAUCUUCCGAAAGUCAACAUCAGCUUCACCACCAAUGUCGACAAGAUAAAGAUCGAGGGGCCCCCUGAGGACGUGGAGAAGGCGCGGGAGCAUGUCGAGUCCCAUGUACAGGAUCUCAUAAACAAGCUGACUUUCGUUGAACUCAAAGUUGACCCCAGAUACUUCAAGCACAUAAUAGGAAAGAGCGGUGCCAAUGUCAAUCGUCUGAAGGAGGAGACCGAUGUGGUCAUCAAUAUCUUCGAGGCCGACGGCCAGAACAUGAUCAGGAUCGAGGGAAAGGAGUCGGGUGUGCGGGAGGCCGAGACCCAGCUGACGGAGAUGGUGAAGAAACUGGAGAACGAAAAGGAGAAGGACGUGAUCAUUGAUCACCGCCAUUACGCCAGCAUAAUCGGCAACAAGGGCUUCAACAUCAAGGAGAUCCGAGACAAGUUCAAUUACGUUCAGAUAACGAUUCCAGGGCCCGAGGAGAAGGGCGACAUUGUGAAAAUACGAGGGCCCAAGUUGGACGUCGACAGAUGCCACAAGUACCUCAUGAAGCUUGUCAAGGAACUCGACGAGAACUCCUACGUUGUGGAGGUGCCGAUCUUCAAGCAGCUCCACAAAUUCGUGAUCGGUAAGGGGGGCGCCAACCUGCGAAGGAUCCGCGAGGAAACCCAGACGAAGAUAGACUUCCCCUCGGAGGUGGACGACAACGACGUCAUCACGAUAACCGGUAAGAAGGAGAACGUUGAGAUCGCCCGCGACCUCAUCCAGAAGAUCCAAAACGAGUUGUCGAACGUCGUGGAGGAGGAGGUGACCAUAUCCCCGAAGUACUACAACUCCCUGAUAGGCACCGGUGGCAAGCUUAUCCACUCCAUCAUGGAGGACUGUGGGGGUGUGACCAUCAAGUUCCCCCCGGCGGAGAGCAAGAGUGACAAAGUAACGAUCAGAGGUCCCAAGGACGACGUUGAGAAGGCGAAGCAACAGCUCCUCGAGCAGAUUCACGAGAAGCAGCUGUCGAGUUUCUCAGACGUCGUGAGGGCGAAUCCGGUCUACCACAAGUUCAUCAUCGGCCGCCAGGGGGCGAACAUCAAGCGAAUACGCGAGUCCACGGGGGCGAGGGUCAUAUUCCCGACUGAAAAGGACGAGGACAAGGAGAGCAUAACGAUCAUCGGGAAGAAGGACGCGGUGGAGAAGGCCAAGGAGGAGCUGGAGGCCACCAUCAGGGAGAUCGACAACAUCGUUGAGGACGAGAUGCAGAUCGAUCCCAAACAUCAUCGGCACUUCGUCGCGCGGAGGGGAGGGGUGUUGUACAGAAUCGCCGAGGACUGUGGGGGUGUGCAGAUAUCAUUCCCGAGGGCGGGGGUCGACUCCGAUCGGGUCAUCCUCAAGGGCGCCAAGGAGUGCAUUGAAGCCGCUAAGCAAAGGAUGCGGGAGAUCGUGCAGGAGUUGGAGUCCAUGAUCACUAUUGAGUGCAUCAUUCCUCAGGUGCAUCACAGGACUGUCAUGGGGGCCAAGGGCUGCAAGGUCCAGACGAUCACCUCCGAGUUCGAUGUGCAGAUCAAGUUCCCGGAGAGGGAACCUCUUCACAAGGAGGAACACGAGGAGCAUCAGGUUAACGGGGAGGGGGGCGAGAACGGGGAAGUCAAGGAGACGCCACCCUGCGAUAUUAUUAGGAUUACAGGACAGCCGGAGAAUGUUGAGAACGCCAAGAAGGCACUGCUAGAUCUCGUUCCCAUCACCGUUGAAGUCCCCGUGCCGUUCGAUCUUCACAGGUUGAUCAUCGGAAAGUCCGGCAGAGACGUCAGGGUCUUGAUGUCCAGGUACGAUGUGCAUAUCAUCCUUUCGCCUGCCGAGGAAAAGUUGGACUUCAUCAAGAUCAUCGGCGCACCUGCAAACGUCCAGGAAGCUAAGGAGGCCAUCUUGGAGAGGGUCAAUGAUCUCGAAGCGAAGAAGCAGGAGAGGGUGCUCAAGUCGUAUGAAGUCAAGAUUGAGAUCGAUCCGGAGUACCAUCCGAAGAUCAUCGGCCGUGGGGGCGCUGUCAUCAAGAGAAUCAGAACCGAUCAUGAUGUGCAGGUGAACUUCCCCAGGAAGGGAGAUCCUGACGAGCACAUCAUCACGAUCACUGGGUUUGAGAAGAAUGCGCACGAGGCCAAGGACGAGAUCAUGAAGAUCGUUAAUGCUUUGAAUGAACUUAAUAAGGAGGAGAUUCGUAUCGACUCUGCUGUGCACUCGAGGCUCAUUGGGGCACGGGGGAAGAAUAUCAAGAGGAUCAUGGAUGAGUACAAGGUGGAGAUCAAAUUCCCGAGGAGGAAUGAUGAGGAUCUGGAUCUUGUGACCAUCAUCGGGCCCGAGGAGAAUGUCGUCGAGGCAAAGGAGCAUUUGCUCAAUCUUGAACAUGAAUAUCUUCAAGACAUUGAGGAAUGGCAAAUCCGCCAAUCCCUCACACGCACCAACAAACGCGAGUCCGAGCGUCCGCGUGGCAGCGAGUCAGACUCUGGUUUCGUAGUCAAGGGUGCACCCUGGGAGCAGAACGCCCCCCCGAAGAGUGCCCCGGACACAGCGAGUGUAGCUGACUUCCCGACCUUCGUCGGUCACGACUCCAACCAAGUCCCAGUCUCCGCACCCGAGGGCCCCUGGGGCAAACGUUAAGCCUCUGAAAAAAAAGGUAAAAACUUUCCUCUAACGAAGCGAAAAAAUCGAGUGAGAAAUUGGCAUUCUUUCCUCGAUUUUUUCAACAAAAGCAAAGAAAAAAAUGGGAAUUCUUCCAUUUUUUUUUAAAAUCAUGAUAUACCCUCCCCCAUCCAUUGCUGAACGCUGCUGCACAUCUGAAUUAAUGACCCUGGCCACUCAAAUUGGACAUCGAAUGAUUUUUGCUAUAGAAAUGCCAAACAAUCUCGUUUAUUUACUCUCCAAUUGAAAUUUGAUAAUUCUCAAUGAGUUUUCUCUCGUGUUCAUGUAUCUGUAGUCGAAAUCCAUUUUACAACUCAAGUAUUUUUUUUACACUGACUUGAGAUUAUUAUCGAGGAAUGGGUUUUCUCUACAGAUAUAUCGUACUUAAGACUGUGGCUUCGACGUCGAAAUGACAUCCCUCGUGCAAUUGUACAUUUCCUCUAUGUUGAAAUUUACUUUUCCUCGAACAACGAAUUCUUUUUUUGUACAUAAAAUUGCAUUUUUCGUUCUCAUUCUCGUAGAGUGAUUUAUUCUCUUGGUUAUCGAGGGCCUUUUGUAUUUAUUGAUAAAAAAAAAACGUGAGAUUUUCGUCCCGUUGUGACUAUUCUAUUCAUGUGCACCAGAAGAACAUUUUUUUUUAUUCAAUCACAUGAAAAAAACAGCCACAAGAUGCAUCAAAAACAACUAAUAGUACUGAUUAAAUCGCAUACGUCUACAUGAGGCCAACUAGUUGAUAAAAUAUUAUGACUAAAAAAGAGAAAAAAUAAGUGAAAGAGAAUGACAAAAAAUGAAUAAAAAUAAUGAUCUACUUAUUCUGUUAAAAAGUGCCUUGUCUAUUUUCUUCGGGGACAGCUCAUUUUUUCAAUUGUUGGAGGAAUGUGAAUAUUAGUAAUUAUGUAUAUGGAUAUAUUAUAUAAUUGAUUAUAUAAAUGAAUAUUCACGUGUACUAAGUAACGAAUAGAGACUAAUAGCGAUAGAAAAUGCGAAAAGUAAUAAAAAAAAAACAACGUAUAAAGCUCUUCAAGUAGCCAAUAUAUGCCGAAUAUUAUGAAUGAGAAAUUAAUGAAUAUAAUGAAUAAUAUAAGUUUUAUUAAUCAUGAGAGAUUGUGUACGUGUGUAUGUGAAAAUGAUUGUGUAACGAUAGAAUUUCCCUCGAAGGGAUGAAAAUUGAUAAAUUAAAUUUUCCAUCGAGACGAUGGUGUUAACGAUGUUAAGGCAUUUUCUAGAUUUUCAGCCAAUUUUUAUAAGCCUAAUGAAACGACCUACGUUCCACCAUCACUGGGUAAAUUAAGUGAUCGAUUAAUCAAUUGUUUGAUUGAUACAGAUGAUUAAUGAAAUUAUUUGCUGAUAUCAAAUGUGCAUGACACCGGGAGAUGAAAUUUUAUCAAUUUUUUAAGUAAUUUCGGAUAGAAUUGUAAUUAUUAUACAUAAUAUACAUAUUAUGAUGUAAUGGUGGAAUCAUUGUGAGCUGGCAAUUAUCGUAUGGAAUUAAUUGAUUAAUGAGAAAUACUGUAAUAUUAGGGUAAUGCCAAUAUGAGUAAAUAAAUCAAUGAACUGUUGUUAAACGAUUA